AUGCAGCGCGUGCGAGGAAAAGACAAGGCUGGGAAGACCAAUCUGCACCGUGCGUGUAACGGGGAUAGGUUGGAGGAAGUCAAGGAGUUACUGGGCUUAGGAGCGGAUGUGAAUGUGCAGGAUAAUGCGGGAUGGACACCAUUACACGAGGCUUCGCUGAAGGGACAUCUGGAGAUUGUGAAGGAAUUGCUGGGAAGAGGAGCGAAGGUCGAUGUCAGAGGUCUGAACGAUGAUACGCCCGUUCACGAUGCUGCAGCGAAUGGACACGCCGAGGUUGUACGGCUCCUCCUCGAAGCAGGCGCAGAUCCAAGGGCUGUCAAUGCUAACGGAGAAACACCGAUGGACGUC